AUGACUGCUGAAAUAGAUUUCGAUUCCAUAAAAACUACAAAAGGUAGACUAUUACAAACUAUUCAUGAAACUGCAAAAUGGGGAGCAAAGGGAGUAUGGGGACCUGAAUCGACUCAAACAGGAGUUUGUAGAUUAGCAUUAUCAGAUCUAGAUAAAUUAGUACGUGAUUGGUUUGUUGAAGAAAUGAAAUCUUUAGGGUGUACUAUCAAGAUUGAUGAAGUUGGUAAUACUUUUGCCAUAUAUCCUGGUAAAAACAAUGAAGCAAAACCAACAGGGGUAGGAUCUCAUUUAGAUACUCAACCAAGUGGUGGAAGAUAUGAUGGAAUUUUAGGAGUUUUAUCAGCUGUAGAAAUUAUUAGGACUUUGAAAGAUAAUGAUUAUGUACCAAAUUUCCCAAUAGCUGUUAUAAAUUGGACAAACGAAGAAGGUGCAAGGUUUCCAAUUAGUAUGGUUGCCUCUGGAGUUUGGGCUGAACAAAUACCGUUGGAAACUUGUCUUAAUUUAGAAUCUAUAGAUGAUGAUCAACCCAAAAAAUUUGGUGAUGAAUUGAAAAGAAUUGGUUAUAAUGGUGAUUUGAAAGCUUCAUAUAAAGAAAAUCCUUUGGCUUGUCAUUUUGAAAUACAUAUUGAACAAGGUCCAAUUUUAGAAAAUGAAAAGAAAAAAAUUGGUGUUGUGGUUGGAGCUCAAGCAUUUGAAUGGAAUACUGUGAUUGUUACAGGUAGAGCAUCACAUGCAGGUACUACACCAAUGAAUACUAGAUCAGAUGCCAUGUUAAAUGCGUCUAAAAUCAUUAUAAUGGCUAUUGAAACUGCAGAAAAAUAUGGUGGAUUAGCUACAAUUGGAACGAUUCAUUUAGAACCAAUGUCAGUGAAUGUUAUACCAAAUAUAGUCAAGUUUUCCUUAGAUGUGAGACAUGUUGAGGAUUCAGUGGUUGAAAAAAUAAUGUCAGAAAUCAAAACAAAAGCAGCAGAAAUUAGUGAAAAGGGAAUAGGAUCACCACAUGCAAAACCAUUAUCAGUAAAAUUUGAAAAUUUGACCACCUCCAAAGCAAUAAAAUUUAAUGAGAACAAUAUUGCAACUGUGAGAAAAGCAGCAUUAUCAUUAUUUGACUCAAGUGAAAUUAAAGAAAUUACAAGUGGUGCAGGUCAUGACUCAUGUUAUACAAGUAAACAAGUUCCAACAUCAAUGAUAUUCAUACCUUCAAAAGAUGGAUUGUCCCAUACUCCUGAGGAAUAUUCAAGUCCUGAAGAUGUUGAAAAUGGGUUUCAAGUGUUGUUAAGAACUAUAUUGUUAUAUGAUAAAUUUAGAGCUGAUAAUGAGUAG